AUGGAACCCGAGGAUUUGGAUUCUGAGGACAAAGAGAUAUUAAGCUGGGAUAUCAAUGAUGUAAAACUGCCGCAGGAUGUGAAAAAGAUAGACUGGUUCCAAGAAUGGCCGGAUUCCUACGAGAAGUACAUCUACAGCUCGGAGGACAGGAGCGCACAGAGGCACCUGAGCAGCUGGGCCAUGCGCAACACCAACAACCACAACUCGCGCAUCCUCAAGAAGUCCUGCCUGGGCGUGGUGGUGUGCAGCCGCGACUGCUCUGCCAAGGAGGGCCGCAAGAUCUACCUGAGGCCUGCGAUCUGCGACAAGGCCCGGCAGAAGCAGCAGAGGAAACUCUGUCCCAACUGCGAUGGGCCCCUGAAGCUCAUUCCUUGCCGAGGCCACGGAGGCUUCCCGGUCACCAACUUCUGGAGGCAUGAAGGACGCUUCAUAUUUUUCCAGUCAAAGGGAGAACACGAUCAUCCAAAGCCAGAAACCAAAAUGGAAGCCGAGGCAAGAAGAACAGUAAAGAAAGUGCAGGGGGCCUCUUCCUCCGUCUCCUUGAAGCUGAACAGGGGCCCAGAGGCAAAGUCUGUUCCUGGUGAAGCAACAAGUUGGGGAAAUUUACCUUUCAACUGGUCUUUCCAGGAAAGCAUCCACCUGCCUGGUGGUGACGGUGGACCUUUGACAGCUGGCAUCCCCCAUCAGAAGUCACCGAAUGAAUUCUUAUUUAAGAGCUAUGGUUUGGGGGGAGCCGCUGAUCUGGCAGACCCCACUUCUACCGUGGGCCCCUCUGAGCUCUAUGAGAAAUGCAAAGUGUCCAACGCGCGGAUCUAUGGUGCUGGGGACCUGCUUCAGCCUCCUGUCUCUGAUUACAGUGAUCUGCAAAUAUGGAAUAAAAGCGCUGCUUUGGGGAGAAAUCCUCUUAACGACAACGGGUGUCCCAGUUACCCCUUCCCCCAGGCCGGCUGGUCUUAUGACUUCUCCCCUCCCCAGAACGCUUUAGAUCCCCUUUCUCAGCAGAUUCCAGUGGAACCACCUUCAGCCAAAACUGGCUGUCUCCCGUUAUGGCCAAGUCCAGGGCCGGAUCUCUAUGAAGAGAAGGUGCAUAUGGAGUUUAACAGCUACUACCCUCCCACCACGUGCCAUUCGCCUCAGGAAGACCCCUUCCUCUUUAGCUAUACCUCUUAUCCUCACCAUCAGUAUUCGCUGCCAGGCAAGAGCAGCAAAUGGAAUUUUGAUGAAGAAAUGAGGUACAUGGGUCUGGAUCACUACAACAACGAAAUGCUUCUCAACCUGUCUUUUAAGAUGAACCCAAUCUGA